AUGGACAUACUUAUUCAUAAGGUACCGUAUACUCAGUGGCGGCUCGUGCUAUGGUGCACAGGAGCAGCGCACCACCUACAAUUUUGAAAACUACCUGUACAUUGCUGUUUUACAACAAUAAAAAAAAAUAUAAUAUUAAUUAAUAUAACAUAUAUAUAUAUAUAUAUAAAUACAUUCUAAUUUAUUUUAGAGACAAGAAUAAAAAUUAUUUUGUAGAAAUAUUUAAUGCGAAAAGUCAAGAAAAACAAAUGUUAUCGCACAUUAUAAGUACGUAUUAUUGUACACAAUACGUAGCGCCCGCAGCCACGGAGUAUGGACGGGUAAAUAUAAUUUUUGCACCAGUCACGCAUGUACACUGGACCGUUUCAUUCCCACUACUGGCACAAUUACCAUUAGACUUGCGAUGUGUUAGUGCACAAAUGAAUAUUGCACCUCCGUGGCCGUACAGCCGUCUGCCGCUGCUGAUGGAGAAUACGUCGUGCGUUGGGAAUUGA